AAAUUACAUCAUGCGAAUAACCUAUGAAUUUAUUUUGUUAUAAUUUCAUAGGGUAUUUAUUAACGAACGAACGAACGAAAAUAAAAGUAAAGAACUCCAACAAUCAUUAAAUAAGUAACGAAUGAUUUUGUUUAAAGUUUUCAUUUUAUUGCUACCUUUCGUUGUUUACAGUGAAUCGAUUACAAGGAUUCAAUUACAUCCAUCUCUUCAUUUAAACUUAUCUUAUCCUGAAUGGAAUUUAUCAGUCAAACAAUUCAAAAAUAAAUGGUUCCAAAGACUGACAUCAUCAAAGAAUGGAAUAUAUACUGAAUAUUUAGAAAAUUACCAAAAUAUUGAAUAUUAUGGAGAAAUUUCUAUCGGGACUCCACCUCAAACAUUUUAUGUGAUAUUCGACACAGGAUCACCAUAUUUAUGGAUACCAUCUAAGAUGUGUGAUUCCAGUGAUUUAGCAUGUCAAGUACAUCAUAAGUAUGAUAGUUCGAAAUCUUCAACUUACAAACCGAAUGGUGAAUUAUUUUAUGUCCAAUACGGCACUGGAAUAGCAUCAGGAUUUUUAAGUUCAGAUUGUGUUCAUAUCGGUUCAUUGAAUAUUGUAAAUCAAACAUUUGGUGAAGUUACUCAUCAACCUGGUCAAGUAUUUAUAAAUUUUCAUUUUGAUGGAAUUAUGGGUAUGGGAUUUCAACAAAGAUCACAAAAUUCUAAUCCAACACCUAUAUUUUUGAAUAUGAUUGAACAGCGAUUAGUAGAUAAACCUGUAUUUGCAGUUUAUUUAAAUCUUAAUGAAGAGAAGACAACUAGUGGAGAAAUAAUGUUUGGUGGGAUUGAUGAUAGAUAUUAUACUGGUGAUUUAACUUAUUCAGACGUUGUAAGUGAAGAAUAUUGGAUGAUUAAAAUAGAUGGAAAACUAAUAUUAGAACACAAGAUUCAACGGCAAUCUCAAGUUUUUGUCAGUAAUCUCAUUUGUGGGACGUGGUGCAUACGACCUUGACUUUAUUCAACAUGGACAUACAUUUAAACAAUCCCAUUUUGACGAGAAGAAAAUUAAUUACAGAUACACUGAAAAAAAAUAUUUUGAAUUUUACUGUGAAUAAUUUAAAUAAUCAAACAAUUAGUUCUGUAUUCUACUACUUCUAAAUGGUAGUAUAUUUACGUUAGGGCAUGUGUUCCAUAAUAAUCUCACUAACAUCAUCCAAUCUCUUGUAUUAUAUUGAUGUUUUAUAUUUUCCAUUUGUCUGACAAAGUAUUGAUCUUAAUUUUCGAGUACUCGGUAGAUUUUUCUUAGGCUUAAAUAUAUGUCAUUAGAGAACAGACUAUAUAGCCAUGUGAUUAGAUGUUAAGUUGGCAAAAUAAUCAAUAAAAAUGACUUGAGAACACUAAUGCCAAAGUUCUAGUGUGACGCUAUUUCAUUCAUUAAGUUGAUUUAUAGAUCAUGAUACGAAUUUAAUAAGUUUGUUUCCUGUAAUCGUUUAUGGUUAACAAGUAAUCUAGCUUAGGAAAAAUAACAUCAAAACUAUCUUACUGAGUUAGAAAUCCUUAUUCUAUAGGUUCAUUGAAGCUUUUGAGUCAGGAGAAAUUUUACUGUAUGGUCACCAAUCACUGAACAACAUUCACCACUAUGUUGAGCAAUUCUCUUUCAGUCAGUCAGCUACAACGU